AUGGAAACAGAUUCCACUAUCCCACUCUGGCAGAACAAACCACAUGGAGCUGCUAGAAGUGUAGUGAGGAGGAUUGGGACUAACCUGCCCUUGAAGCCAUGUCCUCGGGGAUCCUUUCAGACACUACCCAACAUCUCUGACCUAUAUCUGAGCGAUGUGCCCCCUGUCCCUACUUUGGCUGAUAUUGCCUGGAUAGCAGCAGAUGAAAAGGAAAUCUAUGCUCGAGUCAGGAGUGACACCUGGCCCUUGCGACAUAAGGGGAAGCCCAGCCCACUGUUCAUCAUGCAGCGCAAUGCCUCAGUGCCCAGCCUUCGAGGGCAGGAGGAGAAGCUCCUGGCCUUGAAGAAGCCUGGUCUACCAGCCCUCAGCUGAACCACUGAACUAUAAGAUGAGUUAAGUCACCUACGCAGCCAGAUUGCCAAGAUUGUGGCAACAGAUGCAGAAAGUUCCAAUGUCUCUUCUCCCUUACCUUGUUUUGGAUCCUCAUUCCACUCUACAACUUCCUUUGUCAUUAGUGACAUCACAGAGGAGGCUGAGUUAGAAGGUCCUGAGCUUCCAUCGGUUCCCAUACUUUGUUCUGCCAGCUCUGAAUGUUGUAAAACUGACUCCAAAGCUGCCUGCAGCUUGGCUGAAGAUGAGGAUUGUGUGUCUCUCUCAAAGGCUAGCAGCUUUGCAGACAUGAUGGGCAUCCUGAAGGAUAUUCACUGCAUGAAGCAGAGCCAAGACCUGAAUCGGAGCUUGAUGAAGGAAGAAGACCCUGCUGUCCUCAUUUCCGAGGUGUUGAGGAGAAAGUUUGCUCUGAAGGAAGAGGAUAUCAGCAUGAAAGGAAACUGA